AUGCCAAUCUUCGAGCCAUCAGAGAAACCCAUUGCUGUCGAUCAAUCAUCAAAAAAGCUUUUUGUUAUGCCCAAACAGCUCGCAGCCGGGCCAGUAGUCACUAGCUCAAACACCGCCUCAGUUUUUGCGGAGAUUACUGUAAUCUGGUUGGCGACAUCUGUUUUUCCGCCGCCGCCAGAAAAAUAUUGUGAGUUAGAUGAACGGGAGCAUGUGGAGGGGACGGCGCCAGGGGAGAGAAAAAAAAGAGGAGACCUCACCACACAUCUUCUAGAGGGAGAGAAAAAAUCGGAAGAGGCAGAAAAACAGCGAAAAAAUAUUCUAGUCGAUGAUGUGGAGAAUAUUGAUAAACAUGACCUUCUGAUCGAGCCAGAAGAGCCAGAAGUCAUUCAUAAUUUCACGUAUGAUACUUCAGGAAAACUAUCAAAUUUCAUUGAUGCGUUGGAGUAUUGA